AAUCGCGUUUUUCGACUGCUUUCCCUGGCUGAGUAGCACAAAUGGAAUGUAAGAAGACCGGUGGUUAUGCAUUUGCUGUUUCAGCCGGAUUCAACGCAGCUCUAGCUGCCAUUGCUGCAAAGCUUUUCUCUGCUCAGUUAAUUAAAUAUGGCCUUGUUAUACUAUUCAAUGUGGCAAUGUGGGGAUGUUAUGUAAACAGCCUGAAAUCUCUCUCGUCUCUUCAAGCUACAGUCACAAACUUCGCCACCAAUUUUCUCUCGUCUGGUCUAGCAGGAUUCUUCCUUUUUGGAGAAGCAUUAUCCUUUCAGGGAUCCUGAUCCUUGCCAUGAAAAGAAAUUCAACGGGAUCUGAUUCAGUAAGUCUGUGAUUGAACAGUUGAGUUGGAAAAGGAAAACAAAUCCGCUAUAGUUGGGUUCUGCUGAGUGCUGGCAGCUAGAGUCGUUGUCAUCCCGCUUUACAAGCUUGGGAAGUUUUUCAACAAAAAACGUUUCCACAGCACACAUCUCAUACAUGGUGGAUUCCACUUUUGUUAUGAUGAGUCCCAAUCUCAUGAUGAGAUGUGCGGUGUUAGAUCAAAUUGAUAGAGGUUGGAAUAUGUUCUGUUGGUAGAAGAUCCCAAUUCGUGUCAUGUUCGAAUGUUUUUAGUUGGCAGGAGAUGCAUCUCGUUAGUCCAGCCCAUGUAAAAUCUGUACGUUUGUUACACGCUGAUUGUUUAGUGUACAAAUGCAGGGGCUAGUCUAGCUCAACCCUUAAUCCCAAGUCCCUAGCUAUGAUCCUAAACCCAAUCUCACUUUUAAUUCGAUGUAUUAACCCUGCACCAACCUAAACUGAAUUGGGGUAUAUUUUAUAUUCUUUUUGCUAGGAAAGAACAGGGUGGCACAUCGGAGUUUGUGUUGCACAAAA